AUUAAUCUAUCCCCAAAUCAAAAUGAUUUAACCCUAAUUUUUAACCUUAAUUUCGUUUUUUCUGGGUGCUGUUGUUUCUUCCCUCCCCCGCUAUAUCGUGUUCUCUCCCCCGCCAUUUCUACAAGCUAAGGUCUACAACUAUACAAGUAGGUAUACAAGUGUUUUGUGAUGAUUGAUGUGGAUGAGUUGAUGGAGAUGGGGCUGCUCUCUGGGCUGCUGAGAGUGGCCUGGACUGCUGGAAUUUUCCCAAUCCUCAUUGCCUUGAUGCCCUCGUCUCGACUCGACUCAGUUCGUGAAAUUAUAUCCGGGUUUGCUAAGAGAGGGAAAAUUAUGCAAUCUUCUACCACUAGACUCACUGUUCCACAGAAAUACUUCUGUCACUUCUAUGUCGUUGGUGUCCUGUGGACAACACUUCUGCUCGUGGCCAACUGGUGGUAUGCAUAUAAAAUGACACCAUAUAUGUCGGAGACAAUGUUAUAUGCUUCUGUGAUUAGUUAUUUGACGGGAAGCUCGGACACAUCCUCUUUUGAGUUUCAUUCAGAGUCAACAAACCAGAAAAAUAAGGUCUUGCAAUCUGUGUUUCUUCUAUUGCUAAUGGAAGCUCAUGUCCUUCGACGGUUAUAUGAGACUAUGUACAUUUUUAAGUAUAGUCCAUCAGCUCGAAUGCACAUAUUUGGUUAUCUGACUGGCCUAUACUUUUAUACAGCUGCUCCUCUGUCCCUCUGCUGUACUUCUGCACCUGACGUAUUCAAAUUUGUGAUAAACUGGAUCGAGGAGUUCACUUUCAGAGGAGAGAAUCAGAUGACAAUCAACAAAUUUAAUGAAUGGGAAAUUAUAGUUCCUCUUGUUAGACAGAGAUGGUAUACAUGGAUAGGUGCAGGUCUCUUUUCUUGGGGCUGGAUUCACCAACGAAGAUGUCAUGCAAUCCUUGGCAUGUUGCGAAAAAACAAAACUCAAGCUGAAGCCUAUGUAAUUCCUGGAGGUGAUUGGUUUAAUCAAGUGUCAUCUCCUCACUAUCUGGCAGAAAUUGUUAUAUAUGGUGGUCUUCUGGUUGCUAGUGGAUGUGCAGAACCCACAAUCUGGUUACUUUUUUCAUUUGUGGUUGCAAAUCUUUUACUUGCAGCGGUGGAAACACACAGAUGGUAUCUUUGCAAAUUUGAGAAUUAUCCCAGCCACCGUCGGGCUAUCAUACCAUUUGUUUACUAAUGUUAAUGUAAUAAUAUAUGUCCCUUGUGCUAUAUGUAGAUAUUUACAUAUGGUGGUGACUGAAUGAAAUUUUGUUAGAUAUCUCUGGAUGAUGUACCAUAUCUAUAUAAUGCUAAUUGGUUCUCAGCACGUUUUUGCCAUCUCUAUUUACAUUUCUCUAUUUAGUUUCACAACGUAAUGAACUGUGCCAUUAUGUAAGAUAUGAAAGUUGUCUCUAGAGUGUAUUCUCCUUUCCCACUGCUGAAGUGCCAAGGGGGUGCUGAAAAAAUUGUUUUUUAAAACCAGCUCAAGUGGGAUCUGGUUCAUUUAAAUACGUUAUUGAUCCAUGAUGGGCCUGAUUGCAGAAAAUAGUUAGAAAUUUCCUAUUACCCAUAGAAGUUGCAUUGGUGUGUCUGUGAUGCCUAAGCUGUCACUGACAGUAGCCAAGUAUUGUUGUCCUAUAUUUUUGGAUAACCUCUGUCAAUAAUUUGAUUUGAGUUCAGUUGACUUGCAUCAUUUAAGACGUAUUUAUUCCUUUUUGCUUUCGAAGGAUAAGUAUCUUUAGACAGUCCACUUUUCCCGACAUACUAUUCCACUUCCUGAAUUUAUGCAGGUGGAUAGUGAAGAAGUUCUGGUUAGUUUAUUUUCAGAAAAUAACACCAAAUGCUUUUUAGUACUAGCAAUGUCUAUUUUCGUGACAGUUAGAUGAUACUGUAAGUGCUGGAAGAGCUGCUGACCAAUUUGGACCCUCUUAUGAUGAAAGGCAGAAGGCUACUAGGCUAGCUUAUGCUGGUCGUGAAAUGCUGUUGCAAAAUGAGAAGAGGAGCUUGCUUCUGCUGUAAAUGCACAUGCAGACAGUUUUGCUAUAAAGAGAAUGAGAAAGAUUGGCCAAAGGAGAGCAGUUGAUUAUACAAGCACUGGUGUGUGGUAUAUGCAGGACAACUCCAGGAGUCUUUCUUAUUCAUAUUUUCAUUUUCCCAAAGAAGCUUCAGCCAAAAUUUGGUCUUUCGUCUUUACUUCAGGUUUACACGGAAGGUAUACCCAGCAAAACUCACAAGUAACCCGAGUGUAAAGAUGGGGAACUAAAAAUCUGGUGUUAAUCGUCUACAGAAUGAAAUUAAUUUCAAAGAGCUCAUCUGAGGUUACAUAUCUUUGAUAGUACAGAUGGUUUAUUAAAUGUUGUGAUCUUUACAGGUUCAUGGUGAGCGAAACCCUACAGUUGCCAAUCACGUGGCUGGUAUUUUCCCUGGAUCUGAGCCGCCCACAACCACUAAAUCAUUUGGUGGUUAGUGGGUUUCGGCAAUCAUGUUAAUAAUGCUUGUUUUAACAUAAUGUUACACUAUAUUUAGUAGUAUAUAUUUUAUUCAUUUUACAAUCUUUUUGGCCCCUUCCCUUGAGCAUUGUUUCAUUUCCAUCCUUAGAUUCAUUGUAUCCAUUUCUUGCAUCAUGUACUCAACUUGAGGUAAUAUGGGAAUGCAUUACUUUUUAAAUGCCUUUUCUAAAAUCAGUAAAUCACCAUUAGUUAUUAUAUUUUAUUUGUUUUAAUGAUUAUGUUUCACUUUCAUAUUGUUGUUAAUUUUCUAUCCAAACUUAUUUCCUUAAUAUUUUCUACAUUGUGUUGCUGGUUUUUAGAAUUUAUGCAUGCAUUAUUUUCUAAAAAAAAAUUAUAUGGUUCAGAAAUAUCUCAGGAACUGAUCGGUAUCAUGGACAUUAAAUUGCACGAUUUCAUGAUGCUAUAUGUAGAAAGGUUUUAAAAGGGGAGAAGUAUCUAAAACUCUACAGCUAUCGCUAUUCGAUUAACGGAUUUACUUCUGGUUACCCCUGCAGAAAUAUCUCAGGAACUGAUCGGUAUCAUGGACAUUAAAUUGCACGAUUUCCAUGAUGCUAUAUAUUGAGAAGGGUUUUAAAAGGGGAGAAGUAUCUAAGACUCUACCGCUAUCGCUAUUUGAUUAACGGAUUUGCUUCUGGUUACCCCCUGCAGGUGAAAUCUAAAUGUGCAGUCUGCUUUCAUUUUAUUCACCAUUAAAUUAUGAUGAUCACUUCAUGAUAGUCUAUAUUAUUGAUAGAUUAAUGUUUCUACUUUUUUCUAUUAAAUUCUUGUCAUACUUGCAUUAUAUGUAUCUUGCAAUUCUGGGGAAAUGUGAAUGUAGCUAAGCUGUCAAAGAGGAAAGAAGUGGCAAAUGUCAUAUUGGAUUUCUCAGUUAGGACUGAAACAACACACACUCGACAAUUUUUGGGGCUACCAAAGGGGCGUGGCCCCAGGAGGGUGGAUUUGAUACUGCUGGAGAAGGAAUAGUAAUCGGGUUUAUUGACACCGGAAUUGAUCCCACACACCUAAGCUUCUCUGAUGAUGUUGUCAAGAAUGCAUAUUGGUUACUAGGGACUUCCCAUCUGGUUCAUGCAAAAGAAAGCUUUUUGGUGCUCGGCAUUUUGCUGCAUCUGCUAUAACACGAGGAAUAUUCAAUGCUACUCAGGAUUAUGUGUCACCUUUUGAUGGUGAUGGCCAUGCAAG